UGGCCUUUUCUUUCUUUCUUUUUUGCUUUUGACACAGAAGCAAAAAAGGGAAACCUGAUUCUAAGCAUUCUGCAGGUUGCAGCUGAUCUACUCUCUGCUGUGCUCUCCCCGAGAUGCAGGAAAUAUUCUAGUUCAUAGACAGCACACAUUUGAAAGUGGAGUUAUUUUCACAAAGCAGAGUGGGUUCAGCCAAGGUUUCUGAAGAAGAGCAAAGCUGUGAACUGAGUUGGCUGGUCUCAGUAUACAAGUUUACUACUCUGGAUUACACUGGAUGUGAGGCAUUCUUCUACAUCAUGAAGAAGUUAUCCGGGACUUGUCGUCAACAAGUCCUUACUAUCACAAUGCUGCUUCUGAUCAAGCAGGUCAAAGGAAAUUUUGAAAAAACAAUAACUAGCUUCCUUUCUUAUAAAGAAGCUUGUAUGAAAAUGUUGCAGGAAACUACAGUCAAUACUGGAGUAUAUUGCAAUGGGACCUUUGAUCAGGUUGCUUGCUGGCCUCAUUCGGCUCCAGGAAAGGUCUCCAUUCCUUGUCCAUCUUAUUUACCAGGGCUAAACAACGGAAGUGCAGGAAAUAUAUACAGAGUCUGCACAGACCAAGGGAUUUGGCAAACGGUUGAAAACUCCAGCCAGGUUUGGAUGAACCGUUCAGAAUGCUUUGGGGACCAGCAGCUCUCCUUCAGAAAUGGAGAUGAAUAUACUUUGUCUGUCACUUUGAAGAACCUUUAUACUGUGGGAUAUUCCUUUUCUUUUGCUUCCCUUGUCUUAGCAUUGCUCAUAAUGCUACUGCUGAGGAAACUUCACUGCACGAGGAACUACAUCCAUAUGAACUUAUUUGCUUCGUUCAUCCUGCGCACCAUAGGGGUUCUUAUAAAAGACAGUGUGACACACCAUACUUAUUUUUUCAUUAUUUUAGACACCGAAAAGCCAAAUGAUUUAAAUGGAUGGACAUCCCCCUUGGGUUCAGAGAUGUUAACCCUAUGCAGGAUGGCCCCACUUUUCAUGCAUUAUGUUGUUGGGGCAAAUUAUUUCUGGCUCUUGGUGGAAGGAAUUUACCUUCAUAGGUUACUGACCACUGUGGUCUCUGAGAAACACCAGCUGGUGAAAUACAUCUUUAUUGGAUGGGGUAUUCCAGUGAUUUUUGUCACUACCUGGGGAAUAAUAAAAUACCAACUGGAGCAUGAAGGAUGCUGGGCAAUGCAUCACAACAUGGCAUUCUGGUGGAUCAUUCGGGGGCCCAUAUUAUUUUCCAUUCUUGUGAAUUUCAUUAUCUUCCUAAAUCUUCUAAAGCUGUUACGUUCCAAACUUAAAGCCCAGCAAAUGAACUGUCGUGAUUACAAAUUCAGAUUGGCAAGAUCAACGUUUGUGUUAAUAUCGUUACUUGGAAUUCACGAGAUUGUGUUUAGCUUCAUCACAGAUGAACAAAUUAAAGGCUUUUCCAGACACAUAAGAAAUUUUGUUCAACUGACAAUUGGUUCCUUCCAUGGAUUUCUCGUUGCCCUUUUAUACUGCUUUUGUAAUGAAGAGGUAAAAACCGAACUUCGCAAACAGUGGUCCCGCCUCUUGCUGGCUUACCCUUUUCUUGGGAAAAAUAUCAAGCAGCUGAAAAGAUAUCCAAAGAAAUCCCAUGUGAACAAAAAUGGCUUCCCUAUGGUGGUGCCUUCUGCUCAAUGCAUCCAACUGACAAAUCAGAGAACAGGCAGCAGCUGCAACAUGGUGCUCAACCCCCCAUUGAGACACAAUCCCAGAGCGAGCAUCUCAGACAGCAGUGAAGGAGAAGUCACAACUGGGGAGACUAUAGAAGAAGCUUGUGAAGAAAGUGAGAAUUAGAUUUGUAACAAAUGUCAAAAAAACUGAAGGACCUUAUUGAGAACCACCGAAGAAUCUCAUAUCAUGCCUUGCAUGAAAGCUACUGGAAUUACAAAUCCAGGGUAAGGAAAAGACAAAAACAGUUUCCUGGCAUUUUGCUUCUAAUCUGUUAUUUAUUGCCUCCAUGAAAACAUGACUUGGGUGGUGCAUGACAUAGUUUCCCUUUGGUCUCGAGUGUGGAAAUAUAAGCAGUGGAGUGAUCAUUCCAGAAGAGACUCCUGUUUUUUCUCAAAUUUCCUCUGGACCUCCCAGUAUUGAACUCAACUAGAGACUAAAGACCUGUGCAGCUGAAUAAGGGAUCAGUUCCCAUGGGACCGCUUUCUUGGUUUCCCAUAAAGGACAACAGUUGCAAUGCUACUGAAGACAUUGCUGAAUUCCCUCCACUCCACUUCAGCAGUAAAGCAAUUAACUGGAUUGGUAGUUGCUGGGCUGCACGCGGAUCAUUUAGAAGCUCACAUGUAUAUAUUUAUAAGCAUAUUUUCCAACUUUUGUUUUAAUAUAAUCAUAAUAAUAGCAACAACAACAUAUUGCUUGCUCUUAGUACAUGGUUGUUAAGAUGUCUUCUGUAUCAACCAAGGCAGAACAUUAUUUUAUAGUCCUUUCCCUCCCCAAAGGCCUGUACAUGAAGUCAUUAUCACUUUCAUUUUAAAGAUUGAAAAAUAUUUGGGUUUACUCAGAAGAGAAAUAUGUGAACAUCUAUGAAUUUCUAGUUGGAAAGGAAAGAUUGAGGAAAUGAUUCUCAGGUGGCUUUACUUGCCAAGUAUCUAGUCAAGGUAUGUUGUAAAAUUUAAAAUCCAAUGUUUCAUCCCCACUAAAGUAGAGCAGUUGAACCAAUGGGAUUUGCAUACAUGUUUAUUAGCAGUUGAUUCCCUGGAUCUCCUCUUGGUGAAACUACUAAAUAGAUUUAGGCCUUAUGAGUGUAUGAACAAACAAGUGAACACAUGGAGCCAUGUGAGCUUGAUUCCAAACAGUUCCUUCUCCUCCUCUCAUCUCCCCAAUGCCAAACAAUACUGCUUUGGACUGCCACUUUCAGAAUCCCUGAUCAGUCCAGUAUGCUCGCUGAAAAUUCUGGGGGCUGUAGUCCAAAAGUAACAUAUCCAAGGUCCUUUCCCCUAAAGCUAUGAUCUUCAGUAGAGAACCAGCAUGCCUUUUCAUUUUAACUAUGCCAUUCUUCAGAAUCUUUCUGGGUUCCUUUUCUUCAAAUAUGAAAUAAAAAUAUAGAUACUCCUGACACACCAAAACAUAUUCCUGCUUACCUGCCAUCCCUAGAGCCAAGAGAAACGGCUUGAUCUAUUACAGGUUUUGCCCAAGCACCCAUAGUUGUUUUUAUUUCAAGAGAUAGCAAUAUUACCACGUGGUCAUGCCUGGAUUUUCACAGGCUCAAAGUGUGAACAUGCCACAGUGUUAUCAUUCUUUACAAUUUCACUUCAUGCUGUGACAACCAUCUGCUUAAAAGACAUGUCCUCCAUGAUGUGAAAAAAAGACUCACCCUUUAGUGAAUUAACUGAAAAGACAUGAGACAGUUCAUUUAAUUGUAAUUUAUCUAAGAAGAAGGCAAUUAUAUUAUAAGUCCUUGUUACCCUUGGUAACAGUCAUAGUAUAGUGGUUUGAGCAUUAGUCUGACUCUGGGAACCAGGCUUUGAACUAAUUUGUUGAUACAGGCUUCCUCCAAAUUAGUUUCUGUGCAGAAGCAUUAGUAGGGUUGGUGUCACCCAGUGCAGUAAUUCAGAGAUUGCUUCACCACAACCAUCCAUCUGCAGGUUGAAAAGUUGCAGUCAAAAUACAUGCCCGUUACCAUCAAAGACACAUUUUAAAGGUAACACUAUAAAAUACCAACUUGUAGAUAUUUUGGUGCCACCUGCAAACAUUUCCCCUUGAUAAAAAAUGCAUUGUUCAAUUUGCAAUCUGUUUAUCAAGUGGUAAAUGGGUUUAGAAUGGCACCAGACUGCUGUUAAUGUAGGCGCCUCUUCUAGCCAUGAAGGCAUGGCUGGGUUCCCAGCCUUCUUGGAAAAGGGUUUCCAAUACCAGAGUCCCAUUGGAGACCUCUGAUCUUCAUUCUUUAUAUGAAGAGUAUCUGACUGUUUGCUAAUUUAUUUUGAAACCAAAGCGGAAAGGGGCUUUAAUAAACUGUCAGGCAUUAUAAA